ACACUCCUCCUGUGAAGGAGGAAGAGGAGGGAGCUGCUGGGAAAACACUGACUUUAUAGACAGAGAGCUUUGGGAUGCAGCCAGAGAGUAUGUGCUUAGCUGACUAACCUAGAGGCUACACCGCCGGCAAUGCUGAGCAUCGGAACAUCUUGUACUAAACUAUACUAGCAGACAUGACUGCAGCUGCUGCUAUGUUGAGCAGGUCGGUCCUGAGCAGAGGAAUCACUGCACACCGCCUCAGUAAAAACGUCACUUUCUACAUGAAUGAAGUCUCAGGAUGUCCUAAUAACAACAGAGAGUCUGGAGAGCAUAAUAAUAAUAAUAAACCUCUCAUGCUGAUGCUGCCCUGGUUGGGCUCUCGACCUCAAGCUGUGGCCAAAUACUGUGACAUCUACUUCCGCACCGGCUUCGAUGUGCUGGUGGUGGAGAGUGAGGUGCAAGAGUUCCUGUGGCCUCGCUGGGGUCUGGAUCAUGGAAAGAGGUUGCUGGAGUUGCUCCACAGUGAGCGCUUUGUGUCCCGCCCGCUGCUCGUCCACGCUUUCUCUAUCGGCGGCUUCACAUUUGCUCAGCUGCUGGUACAUGUUUCCCAGGACACGCAGAAAUAUCAGGCGCUCACACAGAGGAUCAAAGGGCAAGUCUAUGAUAGCCUGGUGGUGGGCUCUGUGGAGACGAUGGCCGGAGGUCUAGCUAAGACUAUAUUUCCACGUUGGAAGACGCUGGUAAAGCAAGUAAGCCUGUUAUACUUUGACAUGUUCAAACGCCAGACGGUGGACCACUUUAACACAACCCUCGAUGUGUUUUGGAACUCUCCCGUCACCGCUCCUGCGCUGUUCUUCUUUUGCGAGAACGACGCGUUGAGCGACCCACGAGCCAUGGAGGAGAUGAUUGAUCACAUGCGGAAGCGCGGGGUCGACAUCACGGCAAAGAAGUGGGAGGAUUCAACACAUGCAGGUCACCUAAAGAGGCACCAACAAGAGUAUCUGAGCAUCCUGGACGUGUUCCUCCACUCACUCCGCCUCGCCCCGCUGAAGGCCAAGAUGGGGGGAGGCAGCAUAAAGGAGGAAACAAACUUAGGUGAAAGAAAUUCUUGAAUUAAAAACAAAACUAGGAGCAAGCAAAGUGAUGUGGGCAGACUGGGCUUUUUGUAGAUGGUUGAUUGGGAUCCUCCUGAAACAAAGAAUGAAGGACAGGUACACAGAGCACUACAUAUAGGUCAUAACAAUAGGGAAGGAGAUUUACGGUACCUACUCUUCUAUACUCUUAAUUUAUAAUAAUUAACUCUAAUUAAUUUAACUCUAAGUUGUUUUCAGAAGCCAUUGUGCAUGCACUAUUUUCUACUUUCUCUAAGCCAAAACAUAAUGCCAUCACAGCACAGUGUUUCAUAUUUACACAAACAACACCAGGGACUUGAGGCUUUUGAUGGCCUACCACUGCCUAGAAGAAUAUUUCUUCUUCCACAAGAAAUGCCAUGUUGGUGUUUGUUGACAGUGCUGAACUAAACUUUUGAUAACACCAUGAUACAUCCAGGAGUUCAUAUGGCCUCUUGAGAGACAGAGAUCGCAUAAUGUGCUUUCACAAACUACCAAAGCAGCAAGUUAGACUUGUUUUAACGUUUUACAAAUGAAUGAUAUGUCUGUUGAAGGUUGUUUUGAACAUGUGCCUCUAAUAUUGUAAAGCUUUGUGUGUCAUAACUUGAAUAUUUUAUACAUUUCUUGUUUGUGCAAUAAAAUCUCUAAGAAUUUUGUGCCAACA